UACAUUCCAGCCCAUAGGUAUUCACUCAAUGUUUUGAUCGUACUAUCUAUAAAUCAAAUUAGGGUUUCAUAUUCUUCCUUCCACUCUUACUCAGGUUUCUGCCGCCUUCCCUCAUUACCUUUUGCUUUACAGGGGAAAAUGACGACUAGUUUGAGGAAGAACAGGAAGAAGAGAGGUCACGUGAGCGCUGGUCACGGUCGUAUCGGAAAGCACCGAAAGCAUCCAGGAGGUAGAGGUAACGCUGGAGGUAUGCACCACCACAGGAUCCUAUUCGACAAGUAUCAUCCUGGAUUUUUCGGUAAAGUUGGUAUGAGGUACUUCCACAAGCUUCGCAACAAGUUCUAUUGCCCUAUCGUCAACGUCGACAGGCUCUGGUCGCUUGUGCCACAAGACGUGAAGGAGAAGUCUACUGCCGAUAAGGUUCCAGUCAUUGAUGUGACUCAGCACGGUUACUUCAAGGUGUUGGGGAAGGGAAACGUGCCUGCUUCGCAGCCGUUUGUUGUUAAGGCGAAGCUUAUUUCGAAAACUGCUGAGAAGAAGAUUAAGGAGGCUGGUGGUGCUGUUUUGCUCACUGCUUAGGUUUGUUUUUUUGAAUUUGGAUGAUGAGUAUUGGUGUAACUGUUAGUUUUAUUGUGAGAUUACGUUGUUCUGAUGAAUUUGAACUCACAUUUUAUCAAAGUUUUGUUGCAAAAUCCUCAAAUUGUGUUCAUUUUCUGCUGA